CACGGAGGCAGGGUAGCGACAGCGUGCCAUUGGUGGAUUUUUAUCGCCGUUGUAUCUCAGGGAAGGGAUAAAUACAAGCAAAGGGUGGCCGGUGGACUGGAGGGCUGCUUGAAAAACUCGGUCUGCAGAUGGAAGGAGGACAGUGUAACACUAGGCUGCUUCUUUUUUUCCUCCCCAGCACCAGCAUGCAUGGCUUUUGUUUCUACUAGAGGAGAGGAGAGGAGGACGGAGCUGAUGCAGAGAGAGAAAAGGAAAAGCACUUACCUUAUUAUACACACUGUACUUUGGGAGCCCUUUGUAAAGUGCGCACAGUAGUGUGGCACUCUCAGUCUGCGCUCUGCAGCUGCAAUAGAGAGACUAUGUUCAGAUUGAUUUUAUAACACAAGAAGGAAGAGACUGAGACAGAGAGAUCUGCUCAGUGGAGAGUGGGCUUAUAUACUGUCCUGUGUUUGUUUGAACACCUUACAGAAACCUGGAAAUUAAACUUUUUUUUUUCUACACAUCCAGCCUUUUUUAUUAUAAGGCAUCCAGCCUUUUUUAUUAUAAGGCUACACUGGACUGAACUGUUAACCGAGUUUUACUGCACAUCAUCUCAGGAGUGAUUUCUUUUUUUUUUUUUUACUCUGCUUCAAACUGUGAAGAGAGAGGGGAGAGAAAAAAAAGAGCUGAGUUUGCUUUUAAAAGUGAGGACCAAGGAGGGAGACAGACAGACAGAGUAAGCACACCGCUCUCCCAUAACUUGGGGCAAGCAUGGUGCAGAAAAUGAGCCACUCAGAGAGCACCGCCGAGGCGCUCUCCUUUUUCGCCGGGGAUUCGAGCUCCGACUCCGGGGCGUGCAUGGACUUGGACCCGGCCGCCUCGCCUCUAUCUCCGGCUUCCACGGCUUCCUCCUGCACCGCCGCCGGAGGAGGAGGAGAGAACCCGGCGUGGUGCAAAACUCCCAGCGGCCACAUCAAGAGACCCAUGAACGCGUUCAUGGUGUGGUCGCAGAUCGAGAGGAGGAAGAUCAUGGAGCAGUCGCCGGACAUGCACAACGCGGAGAUCUCCAAGCGGCUGGGGAAGCGCUGGAAGCUGCUCAGAGACAGCGACAAGAUCCCGUUCAUCCGGGAGGCGGAGCGGCUCCGGCUCAAGCACAUGGCGGACUACCCGGACUACAAGUACCGGCCGAGGAAGAAGGUGAAGUCGAGCAGCACCUCCUCCAAACCUGGCGACAACAAGGGAGAGAAACUGAACGGUAGCAGCAACAACAACAACAACACCAGCAGCACUAAAACAUCCUCAUCUUCCAGGAAGAACGGAUCCAAAUCACCCAGCAGCAGCAGCAGCAGCAGCAAACCCCACAAAUCACUCUUCGGGAGCAGCAGCAGCAGCAGCAGCAGUAGCACCAAAGCAUCACCGUUUGCCUCUGAGCACACAUCAGAGCACCACCACCACCACCAUAACUCUCUCUACAAGUCCAAGUCCUCAGCAGCCAAGCAGAUACCGGAUGGGAAGAAGCCCAAGCGGGUGUACGUGUUCGGUAGUGGCGGCAGCAGCUCGAGCGUCAGCCCGGCGUCCUCCGUGGUUGUCCCGGCCAGCCCGACGCUCAGCAGCUCGGCGGACUCCAGCGACCCGCUCAGCCUGUACGAGGACGCGGCAGGCAGCGGCAGAGAGGAGGAGGGAGGAGCCGCGGACUCUCCCAGCAGCAGCAGCAGCGGCGGCGGCACUUCGGAGCGCCACGCCGGGCACACAUACAGCAGCAGUCGGCGGGCUUCCUCGCCGACUCCCUCCGGCUCUCACUCCUCCUCCUCCGCCUCCUCGUCCUCAGCCUCUUCGUCCUCUUCCUCCUCCUCGGAGGAGGACGAGGAGUUCGAGGACGACCUGCUCGACAUGAACCCGAGCCCCAGCUUCGACAGCAUGUCGCUGGGCAGCUUCGGCUCCUCGGUGCUGGACAGGGACUUGGAUUUGAACUUUGAGUCCGGCUCCGGAGGCUCCCACUUCGAGUUCCCCGACUACUGCACGCCCGAAGUCAGCGAGAUGAUCUCCGGGGACUGGCUGGAGUCCACCAUCUCCAACCUGGUGUUCACGUACUAAAAGGCGACAGGUAAAACAUGUCCUGCAGAGCUCAACAUAUGACCACAAACAGAAACAGGAGUCUUCUCUGGUUCAGUGGGCGUAAUAGUUUGUGUUAUAACUACUACAGCAGACUGAAACUAGUCUCUUCUCGUCCAGAAGCUGCAAAACCUGGGAAACUUUAAAGCAAACUUGCUUUUUGUACUUUUCUUCGGAUGCGUGGACAAGGAGGACUUUCAACCCACAAAAAAGUGGAGUGCAAACACGAGAAGGAAGGAGGGAGAAAGAGAGAGGCUGUGUUUUCUGACAGUCCCUGAACUGUUUUUUUUUAACCUGAACAACUUUAACUGUGAUUGAUUUGCACGUUCACUUAAUCAAUGUUAUUGCUGAUUUGAAAAAAAGAAAAGGGACAUUUCACAACUUUUUACCGAUCUGCCAAGUGAACUUCACCACUAAAAAAAGGUACAGAAAUAAGGACUGUCGUGUGCGACUUUUUUUUUUUUUUUUUUAUUGUGGUGUGUGUCACCGAGAGGGAUUUUUUAAUGAAACCGAGUUGGGGGUUGAUGUUUUUUAAAAAGUGGAAAUAUUUUCUCAAAAAGCAAAAAAAACAUGUUAAAGCAUGAUAGCCUACUUUUUGUUCACUAUCUUGUUGCUGAGAUUUUUCCUGUGAGACUGUCGAGCAGUUUGAGAACUAGUAUUAGGGGUUAUUUAAAUGGAUAGAGGUGGCGAGCUCGCUUCUCGGUUGUUCUCUUUAAAGAAAAAAAAAAAAAAAGAAAAAAAAAAGGACAUUGAAAUAAUCACCAGCUGUUGUAAUUUUUUCAAACUUCAGGAUUCAACUUCAAAUCUGUGCUGAACUUUAUAUAUACACGUGUUCUCUCUCUACGAUUCAGGACCAAAAUUGUUUCAUUUCAGAUGAUAGCUUAUAGAGAAAUCCUCACCGAUUUUUGUUGUUGUUUUACAUCCUCUGAGCUUUUGUUUUUGUACAUGUAUUCAGAUGCCAUUUUAUAUGGGAUGUUGUAUUUAUAUACUGGGCCAAGCAUUUUUUUAAUUUUAUUUUUAUUUCUUGUAUUCAUGAUCUAGUCCUGUUUUUGUUUUCUUAACACGGUUUGUUUGUCAGUAUAUGUCUGUCACAUUUCCUUCUCAGGCGAAGGGCUAGAGUUUUAAAAACAACACAACUUUUUGAUUUUAUAUUUAAAUGUACACACUUUUUUGGACACUUAAAAAGAGAGGAAACAGUUUGAUUAUUUUCUCAGUGUAUUUUUGUACAAAUCUAUAUAGAAAAUGGGGGAAGUCAACAACAAUCGGUGUGUGUAGCCUACUAAUACAGCUGUAUUGGAUUUCCGAAUUUUUAAUAAUACCCCAGGCAGGCUGGUUUUCAUGCUGCCUUCAAGUGCUCAUGGCAAGCUCGUACUUAUUUUUUACCGCCUGUUCAAAGGCUUUUGUAAAGGACAGCCAGCAAAAUAGACCUUCUAUCACUGUGGUGCCUAUUGUUUGAUUUUUAGAAAUUUAAAGGCACCAAGGUAUUUUCUACUUAAGUGACCUGAGCAGAGGAGAUAGGCUAAUAUGAAUCAGGUGUGUAAUUGGUGUUUUAAUUCACAAAUUUGGCAAACUUUCAACUUUUACCAGCACGUACUGACAAGAUCCCUGAACAUCUUGUACUGUCAGAAGUGACAUGAUAGACGUAAAAACCCAGUUAUAAGGAUGCAAUUACAAUUUUCCCGACAGCACUUGAAAGCAGCACCAGCCUUUGUAUCUGCCUACCUUCUACGUUUACAGUGCCAGUCUGCAGGCUCCUUAAAGAUACAGGAAUGCAUUAUUUCUAGAGGCUAUUCCUGUGGACCAUGUGGGUUUAUAACAGCAUCACUAUCUCAAGCAGCCACUUGUUUUUUUUGCAUUUCCCGUCAGAUAUCUUUGCCUACGACAACAAAUGAGGAGAUUGUAGCUUUAAAUUUGACUUAUUUCUUGAUGUUUUCAUUAACUGAUGUCACAUUUUGCCAAUGAACAGGCUCAAUACAGCAAGCAAAACAACAAAGGGUGACAACAUCAAGCAUAUUCAAAUUUCUGACUUGAGUUCCGCAACACCUACUUGUUCUGCGUUUCUCAUUGUAUUUGAAUAUAUAAUCUUUUCUACUUGUCGGCUAACUAUUAGCUAAUAAUUGUUUUAGUAUCUUUAUGGCAUGGUGAAUAGCAUUUGUAUUUCAGAUUCAGGUUAUUAGCUGUUGUGUUUUUCAGAAAAAAAUGAAAAAAUGAGGAAAAAACGAUGAAACGUGAACUCGAUCUUUGUAUAUUUGACUGUAUCAUAAAGCAAAAAGAUUGUGUGUUUAUGUACGUUGUUGCUAUCGAGGACAGGCACUGUCUAGAACUGCUAUCUUUUACACAUCCUUACUUACAUUGAAGGUGGUCAGUUCAGGACUCUUUUUUUAUAUAUAUAUGAAAGCAUUUUUAAAUAUAUUGACUUUAUUUUUCAUCCAUCCUGUGCAAUAUGCUGUGUAGAAUUAUCAUUUUAUUGUCUCUAAUCAUGCCAUAAACAAAGGAACCGCCCUUUUCUUUGAGACUCAGAGAAAGGGGGGGAACUCAUGCCAGCUAAAUUGUGUCCAUUCACUGCCUGUCAGAUUGUUGAUAUAAACUUGUGUACAGAACUUUUUCAAGGAAGGAAAUAAAUAUCAGCUGGAACUGAAACUCUA